AUGGAUUAUCGCCUGGUGCUGAAAAUUCUCAGCUUUCUGCUGUUGGCCCAGUUGGGCCGAGCCCAGCCCCAGCAGCAGCAACAGCAACACCAACAGUCGCCAUCAGACUAUGGCGAGGAGCAGCCACCGGAGGGUUACUAUGCCUUUGUGGAAUCACCAAAUGCCGUUCCGCCCAAGGUCAGACUGCCACCUUACACCUAUGUGAAUGCCGACUGCAAGGAUGUGGCCGCCGGCAAGAAGUCGGCGGUGUCCGUGCACAACAUCUGCGGGGAUUUGAACAAGGGCCAGAUUCCCAAGAAUCCGCUGGGUCAGAAUGUGCUCAACGAACCCUAUCCCUUUGAACUUAUUCGUAAUCAGACGCUGAAGUUCCUUUCAAAGACUUUGCCUGUUCUCAAGGCCGAUGACACCCUGCCCAAGGUCACGCAGAUCAUUCGCGAUGAGCCCGUGGAGCAGCUGGAUAGCAACAAUAUCGAUAGGCCGUAUCCGGCCGGAGGAUCCACGAGGAUUCGUCGCAGUCAGCCGGAGGGCAUAGAGACGAACGAGUACAGCUACUUUGAUCCAGCUUUGGACGAGGAGGAACAGCACCAGCAUCAUCAGCGGGAGCAACAGCAGCGGCGAGCCGCCGAGGAGCGGAAGCCACGAAAGUUCUGCGAUGGCGGUGGAGUAUUCUGCACUCUGUAUAGGGCCAUCCAAGGAGACACCGGUGGCUCUGCCCAAGCCACGCCCACAGCGGAGCGUCGCGAGGAAGUGGGUCCCAUUCGUUACGAGGGUCCGCCCACUCCCUGUCCCGCCAAGGUGGAGUAUGCCACGCCUGUCUUUGCCAAGAACUAUCAGGGAGCCUGGCGUUAUGUGGUGCAGAUUCCCUACGAGGGCUACUUUACCCAGACGGUGGAGGUGACGCGCUGCAUCCAGGCACGCUGUCACUACUUGGACGGCGGCUGUCUGUCGUCGCCGCGCUGGGUGAGCCUGCUUGUGGCCGAGAUCUUCUAUCCGAAUGCCGAGGACACAGUGCCCAUCAGUUCGACCACUACGCAGACACCCUCGGUGCAGGACUUCCAGGCCUACCAGCAGUAUCUGCAGAAGCGAGCCGGCGUGGCCACCGCCUCCGAUGGCACCUCCUCGGGCGGCUCCGGCUCAUCGGCUGCCGCGGAUGCCCACUGCGAUGGUAACGAUGAGCUUGGCUGCUUCCAGGUGCGUCUGUACUACGACUGGUUCCUUAUUCCCGGCUCCUGCAAGUGCUGGCGUCCGGAUUACUUUGCCAAGUACGUUCGCCGGAAGUCGGUGGCCGAUUUGUGAGGCUUUACUCGAACUGCAUCAGCGGAAUCCUUAGCAUAAGCUUAAAUCCUAGCACCUAGUAACAUACAUAAAACUAUUGAGAUGAAAUGCUCAUUCUAGUGAUCCUCUUGAGAUGAAACUCGGAUCGCGUAGAGUUUGCAGUUCCUGCAACACAGAUACAUCUACCAGAUAUAUUAUUAACCUAGGCAA